AUGCUUUCGAACGUGGCACUUCCGUAUCUCUUUCUUCUGGCGGGGCUUUCCGUCGUCCAUUCGUUGGCCGGGAACGAAUUGCUGCACGGUGAGCUGGGACGCCACAAGCGCACGCUAGUGUUUACCGAGGAUAGUGCAACAGGCAUCCUGAUCGCUCUUUCGGUGCCGCUGCUGAUCACGGGAAGGAACAUCUUUUUGGCGUACAACUUCGAGGCCAACUACGGCAUGCCGGGUGAUGCCAGUGACUUCACGCAAGGCGUGCUGAAGAAGGUCGACAACGAUCAAAUAAACAAGGAGGAGGACACACAGGCCGGCGGAUCGGAAGAUCGUGCCAUCCGAACGACGUCCGGACAGCCCCCGGUAGCCCGGUUCACGCGAAAAAAGCUAUACCGUACGAUCGAACUCAACCUGGCCCGGCACGGAUACGACGGGAAAAAGUGCAUCCUGAGAAUGAUCUGCGAGCUGGCCAGCUGGCCGGUGAACGAAACUAACGGGGUCAUUGGAGACUUACUGCAACUAGUUUUCACACCGUCAAAUUCACAAUGCGAGAAGCUUCCGAGCGAGUUCUAUCUGGCGGAGGAGUUGGGACAACAGCAAAACUGUGUCAAGUACACGAAACAUUGUCCACAUGAUCCACUAGCGGCAAUCAGUUUUUUCAUUUAA